GUACGAGAACUUGUCCUGGACAACUGCAGCUCAAAUGAAGGAAAAAUUGAAGGCCUCACAGCAGAAUUCGUCAAUCUGGAAUUCCUCAGUUUGAUAAACGUUGGUUUAAUCUCAGUCUCCAACCUUCCCAAACUUGGGAAACUCAAAAAGGUAAAGUUUUGCUUUAUAUUGUUUUUGACACAAGCUUACACUUACAUUUACAGUAAUAAAAUGUAGACAUUUGUGUUGUUGGGGGGUAGAAAAAGCCAUUGACUACGUCCCUAAUGGCACUCAUAUAGUGCACUACCUUUGAGAGCCCUGGUCUAAAGUAGUGCACUAUGUAAUGUAAGGAAUAGGGUUCUAUUUGGGACAUAAUCAUUGUUUUCUGAAAGACCGUUACUUGCUUGGGAGUUUUUUUCGACAGAAGUGACUGAUAUAUCUUCACAAUAUGUUGCAGUUGGAACUCAGUGACAACAGAAUCUCUGGUGGCCUUGACGUGCUAGCAGAGAAACUCCCCAACCUCACACAUCUAAAUCUAAGUGGGAACAAACUGAAGGACAUCAGCACAUUGGAACCUUUGGUAGGUACACCAAACUCCCGGUAGAGCACAAUACAGUACAACACCAUCUCAUUGUCUCAGGCUAUGCCUCAAAUGACACUAUUCCCCAUAUAGAGUUUUGACCGUAGACCUAUUUGGCAGUGUGAUGUUUGUUUGUUUCCCUAUGUGGCUCUGGUCAAAAGUAGUGUAAUAGCCUACGAGGAAAAGGUGUUCUAUAAGCUCUUGAGAGAUUUAUUCAGGCAGUGUUAUUGACCCCCUAAUUACCCUACACCCAUUUGGUCCCACAGAAAAAGCUGGACAGCCUGAAGUCUCUGGACCUGUUCAACUGUGAGGUGACCAACCUGAACGACUACAGGGAGAGUGUGUUCAAGCUGCUCCCUCAACUCACCUACCUGGAUGGGUACGACGUGGAGGACCGGGAGGCGUCUGACGUGGAUGGGGUGGACGAUGAAGACGAUGAGGGUGGGCAGCCAUUUAGUUUUCGUGUUGAGGAAAUGGAAGCGCAGAUGUGAGUUGAGAAUGGGGGUCUUCUGUAGUUCAGUUGGUAGAGCAUGGUGCUUGCAAUGCCAGGAUAGUUGGUUUGAUUCCCGGGACCACCCAUAUGUAAAAUGUAUGCUCGCAUUACUAAGUCGCUUCGGAUAAAAGUGUCUGCUAAAUGGCAUAUUAUAUAUUACAAUCCAUAUUAGUACAUCGUGGGUGUUUUGUCAUGCAAGGCAAUUCUAUUGUGUAUUUGUAGGGUUUGUCGGCAUGUAUCUGUGUGAUGACUGACAAUGGAGGUGGUGUAUUUGUUUUUUAGAAGAGGAUGAGGAGGGAGAGGAGGAAGACUUUGAUGAAGAGGACGAUGAUGAUGGUGAUGAAGAGGAGGGAGUAGAAGGAGAGGAGGAUGAUGAGGUCAUCGGAGAUAAGGAGGUAAAGCCCUUUUUGGUUUGUUUGUGACCCAGUAGUUUAAAAGAUCAACAGGGGGGGGAUAUGGUUUGAGAGCUCUGGAUUCUGACCUGCUCUGUCCCUUCUCUCCAGGAGGAAGACCUUGGCAUUGAUGGUGAAGUUGAAGAUGAGGAGGAUGAUGAGGACGACGAUGAAGAG